UUCCCUGGGGAGUCUUGCUCUGCAAGUGCAAUUGCAGGCGGUUCGGGAGCACACCCCAGACCUGCCGCCCGCUGCUUCUGUGCCUCUGCAUCUGCCACCGUGGGCCCCAAGUUCCAGCGACUUCUCCUGUCCCACACUUUCCGCUUUGCUCUCCAGGUGUCCUGAAGAAAGGGGACGUGCUCCCGAGAGUUUCCACGGUGAUGACAGCAUUUGAAGACCUGGCUGUGUACUUUACGUGGGAGGAAUGGCAGAAAAUGAACAAUGCUCAGAAAAUUCUGUACAGAGAUGUGAUGCUGGAGACCUACAGCAGCCUGUUCUCCUUGGGGCACUGCAUUACCAAACCUGACUUAAUCUUCAAGUUGGAGCAAGGAGCAGAGCCAUGGAUGGUGGACGAAUGCUUGAAUGAGAGCCUUCCAGUGGGCAUGAAAAGGGAUGACCUGAUUAGGAUCAACCAGGAAAGUCAGGACAACAAUCUGAAUCAGGAUUUUAUGAAAAAUAAGAAGACAUCAGCUCUCAAGAGAGUUGAAUUAAGAAAAACACUUAGUUUAAAUUCAAGCCAUAUUCCAACACUGAUUAUUCAAAAGGGAAGCUAUUCAGGAUUGAAGCCUGAGGAAUGCAAUAAAUGUCACACUGUGUAUCCCCCCAGUGGGCCUGAUCAACUACAGGCUGGAGAGAAAUUUGAUAACACUAAGAUACCUGGAAAACCUCUCCAGUUCUGUGAGCCUCUUGGUCAGCAUGACAAGAUUCACAUCAUGAAGCAGCCAUUUGGACCCACUGGACAAGCAAAAGUCUUCACAAGAAAGAUGUUCUGUAAAUCUGAGAGGGUUCAUAUGGCAGAAAACUGUAAUAAAUCAACUGUCACUUUUGGAAAAGCAACUCAAAUAGAAAAGGCUAUCUAUGGAAAUUCUAGCCUCAUAUCAGAAGACAGUGAUGCAAAGUCCUUCAAGGAGGAAGAGAGUCUUCAGAUCCAUGAAGGAACGGGAAGAAUUGAAGUUCAGAGAAUGGACAAACCAGACUGUCAUGGGGACCAGGCGUAA